AUGAACGCCCGCAGGAGCACCAACGCCACCAGCAGCCGUGCGCCUCCUCCCUCAUCCCAGCGGAGCCCCGUCCUCCCCGCGCCUGUCCCGUGCGCCCGGCGCGACGCCGGCAAGCAGCAACGCCACCAAGUCGCCGAUGCACCCGACGGGAUGAAGCUGCCGGUGCCCCUGCUCCAGCCCUGCGUCCCCUUUUCCCCGCGUUGUUCCCGGAUGGCCACCUCGCCAGCAUCCCAGGGCCCGAGCUCCGCCACGCCAUGCCCGUCUCACCUCUGCCUCCUGUUUUUCUGCAUCGAAGGACGAACAAGGAUGGCGCCGCCCCAUGGAACCUUCUCUGCCUGGAGCUUCUUCAUCUGCAUCCGGCCCCCUCCGUCCAGAUCCGCCGUCUCCGCCUCCCUGCCAUCGUCUCCGGCGAGCAGCCGUGUCGCCGCGGCUCUGCUCCCUGUCGUGCAGAGGACGCCGCUCGUCCCUGCCACGUUGACCGUAGCCAGCGCCCCUGGCCCAGCUUCAGCGGCCGCGUGGGCCACCAGCAAGCAGGCCCAGCGCCCCCCUUCCAGCCUCCCUCUCCAAGCCGACCGGGCCAAGAGCCCAUGGUGA